CACCAUACUUCGUUCGCCGUAACGAACUGUCGGUAGACCAAGAGUGCGUAACAUGGGGCAAUCGCGUGGUUAUACCCACUUCGUUGCGACACAAGGUUCUAGAAAUGCUGCACGAAGGUCAUCCAGGGAUGACUCGAAUGAAAAUGCUGUCAAGGAGUCAUGUAUGGUGGCCUCGCUUAACGCUAGACAUAGAGCAAGCGGUGAAAGAGUGCAUCACUUGUCAGUUGUCACAGAAUGCGGCAGCUAGAGUACCACUAAUGUCAUGGGGCUGGCCAACGCGUAGAUGGCAGCGAGUUCAUCUAGAUUUUGCGCAAAGGGACCAGCAUUUCUUUUUGGUCUUAAUGGAGGCUCAUUCGAAGUGGGUUGAGGUGUUUGUCAUGACAGCAACAACAAGCGAAAAGACGGUAGAGAAAUUGCGAGGUGUUUUUGCGGCCUACGGACUACCCGAGGAGAUCGUGACCGGCAACGGGCCCCAAUUCACAUCGCAGCACUUCGGAACAUUCCUGAGCAAGAAUGGAAUUCGUCAUUCCAAAUCUCCUCCCUAUCACCCAGCUUCGAAUGGUAGCGCCGAACGGUGCGUUCAGACCGUCAAGAAGGACUUGUUUAAACAGAUACUAGACGAAGAAAGAAAAGGAGACAAGAAGUCCAUACAACAUCGCAUAGACCAAUUUCUCUUCAGUUAUCGCAACACCCCGUCCAGCACCACUGGUGAGACCCCGGCCCAGAUCUUCUUGUCGUGGCAGCCAAGAACCAGGCUGAGUCUGCUGCACCCUGAAAUGGAACAACGCAUGCGCGAAAGGGGAGAGCAGGCGAAGCUCCACGCAGACCAGAAACGAGGGCCAUGGAGAGACUUUAGGGAAGGCGAUCAGGUUUUGGUAAAAGGACUCCGCCCGGACGACGACAAAUGGCUGUUGGGUACAAUUGCUCAGCGGUGCAGCGCAUGCACGUACAUUGUUCGCGUCGGAGACGAGGACCGAUACGUUCACGGUGAUAACCUGCGACUACGUACAUUUCAGGAGAACCGGAGCUGGCUUAAGGCGGCGGGAACAGUACUGGACGGGCCGAGAGUGGAAAACAAGGGUCCGCUCUCUAGGGACACUAGAGAGCCCACCUCGACCAGCACGCCUACUCGGCUCAACGAUCAGGACCCACCAGCAUCGAACUUGACGUCACCAGCAGUUGAAUCGGCAGCGCCUUCUACCGAGCCUUCUCCGGGCCUUCUACACGACAGCGGUCCGACGCUCGACAGUGGUACCCAUAACGGCGACCCCUCGGGACAAUCAACACCGCAGCUUCGACGUUCUACCCGGUUGAGGCGAUCGCCAGACCGGUACGUGCCGUGA